CCCCCCCCCCCCCCGCGAGGAAAGAGGAAAAGUCGCAGAUCGCACAGCGCAAGAUCCGCUUCUCGAUCACGUAUGCCCCUUGCCUUGGCUCCUCUGAUUGGUUGAGCGUCUUCCCCUUCUCUCCAAUCGUCUUCUUCCUUCGUGUCCCACCUUCUGUGAAGAGAAGCUGGUCCCGGCAGACCGUAACCCCUCACUGUCGCGUUUUCCUAUGGACAGGUAUAAAGAUGUCUGACAAGACCAAGAAAAAAGCAGCUACCAGCGCUUCAAUUAUUGAGCAGCUAUUGGCAGAAAAGAAUUUCCAAGAUCUUGGAGAUCACCUGACUGAACUAGAAACUAUUCACAUGAGUAUAGAGCAUCUCCAAGAGACGGAUGUUGUAAGAGCUGUAUAUAGAGUUUUGAAACAUUGCCCAAUAGUGAUUUUCAAAAAGAAAGCCAAGUGUUUACUUUCCAAGUGGAAAACACUUUACAAAAAUCACUACUUCCAGCCAAUGAACAGUUCUGAUUUUUAUCUCAAGGAUAGUAAGGAAAACACUGAACACGUUAGUCUAGUUCAAGAAGAAAAUUCCCCAUAUGCAAGUAAAGAACAAAUAUUAGAUACAGCAAAUUCUAACUCUAUGUCAUCAUCCCAAGAUAUUGCAAAAGGUGUUGAAACAUUUAUGCCAGAAAACAGUGCUGCUCCAGUGGAAGAACAUUCAGAAGAACAUUUCAUGAGUCAUGACCCUAAAUUCAUUGACAGCAAAUCAGCUUGGCAUCAGGAUCCUACGAGGGCUAAAUGUGUAGAACUUCUUUAUGGAGCCUUAGUUACUUGUGCCACAGACCAGCAGAAAACUGAUUGUUGGCAAAUACUGGCAAAAGAAAUUGAGGAGUAUGUUUUUGCACUCUAUUCAAAAAAUCUCAAAAAAUACAAAAAUUGCAUCAGAAGCAAAGUGUCAAAUUUGAAGAACCGAAAAAAUCCUCAUUUACAACAAAAUCUGUUUUCUGGGACCUUAUCUCCAAAAGAAUUUGCUGAAAUGACAGUCAUGGAAAUGGCAAAUGAUGAAUUAAAGCAGUUGAGGGCUUCAUACACAGAGUCCUGUAUACAAGAACAUUAUCUUCCUGAAGUAGUUGAUGGCACACAAACAAAUAAAAUAAAAUGUAGGCGCUGUGAAAAAUUUAAUUGCAAGGUUACCAUGAUUGCCAGAGGAACACUUUUCCUUCCAAGUUGGGUUUGCAGUGCAAACCCAGAUGAAGAAAUGAUGACCUAUGUCAUUUGUAAUGAAUGUGGAGAACAAUGGUAUCACAGCAAGUGGAUUUGCACAUGAUUGUGAAGAAACAUUAACAGUUUUAAU